AUGACCGGUAGAAAGAAAUAUAGGCCAAAAGUUGUGGAUACCAGUGAAAAAAUGAAGAGGAAGAAAAGUUAUAACGAUCCUCCCUCCUCCUCCUUGAAGAAGAAAUGUAAUCAUUCUUCCUCCAUGGAUCCAACUGUUGAUCCCACCUCCACCAAUCCCACCUCCUUCAAUCCAGUUGAUCCCACUGUUAAUCAUCCACCAAGUUCAUCCAACCCCAAUCCAAGUUCAUCCAACUCCAUAUGCAAUGAGGAAAUAUCUUUCUUCAACAAAGAUUGCAAACAGUGGUCUGAAAACUACAUUAAUUAUAGGCCUUUGUUAUUGGAGAGGGGUGUUUUUGCUAGAUCAAUUAAAAGAGAUAUCAAGAAGAUGGAUAAUGCAUAUAAUACAUUGGUGAAGAUAUUUUAUUCUAAUAUGCAUGAUAUUGAUAGAGAUAAUUACAAGCUUAAGUUCCUUGUGAGGAACGAUGUCCCAAAUUCUUCAACUGCUGGUGUACCAAAUUCUUCCACAGCUGGUGUCCCAAAUUCUUCCACAGCUGGUUUUCCUCUUGAUGCAUUGCAGGUAUAUGGAAUGUUGCUAGUACGAUUGGGUAGAANGGAUGUCCCAAAUUCUUCAACUGCUGGUGUACCAAAUUCUUCCACAGCUGGUGUCCCAAAUUCUUCCACAGAUGGUUUUCCUCUUGAUGCAUUGCAGGUAUAUGGAAUGUUGCUAGUACGAUUGGGUAGAAAGAUGGAGGAAUUUGAAAAUUCUCAAAAUGAAAUAAAGGAUACUCAAAAUGAAAUAAAGGAGUCUCUGAAGAGAAUGGAUAGUAGGUUGGAUAGAAUUGAGUCUUUUUUUUAUGAAAAGAAAAUAAAUAGCUAG